GUCCCAUUUCUCUUUGAAAAUUAGCAUAGCAUAGGCAAUAAACGCGUCUGUCAGGCACAUUCUACUCAUUGACUCAUCAGCAUCACCAUGCCUGAACCAGCAAAAUCCGCGCCUAAAAAGGGCUCAAAGAAAGCCGUCACCAAAACUGCCGGCAAAGGAGGAAAGAAGCGCAAGAGGUCUAGGAAAGAAAGCUAUGCUAUCUACGUCUACAAAGUGCUGAAGCAGGUUCAUCCUGAUACUGGUAUUUCUUCUAAAGCGAUGGGAAUCAUGAAUUCUUUCGUCAACGACAUCUUCGAACGCAUCGCUGGUGAAUCGUCUCGUCUCGCUCACUACAACAAGCGCUCCACCAUCACAUCUAGAGAGAUCCAGACCGCCGUGCGUCUGCUGCUGCCCGGUGAGCUGGCCAAACACGCCGUGUCUGAGGGCACAAAGGCUGUGACCAAAUACACCAGCUCUAAGUGAGGCGUGAACUGACUUAAACUACCCAAAGGCUCUUUUAAGAGCCACCCACACUUUCACCAAAAGAGCGUUCAUAUGUAAUUUAUUAGUCCAACUGAACCGUCAGCUUGAACGCCGUUUUAAGAGUCAUACUAAAUUAUCUAUCGAAACACCAGUAUGAAUGACAGUUGAAAGCAAAAUAUCAAUUUCUUUUUCGCUCUUGAAAACAAAAGAAAAUACAACUAUCUCCAAGGUUUUUUUUUUAAAAAACUAAAAGCAUAUUUAAUUGCAUGUGCUUAGAUAAUUUUGUAUUCCUGUUCUGGGUGGUUUUACGCUCACAAAUCUAAUUCACAAGUGUUUUGUUCCUCAUUUUGCCAUUAUGCAUACAAGAAUAAACUCACUUGUACGCAACAAAAGUACUUUACACUAGUUCUGAAAUAUAUUCAUCAUAUAUCCAUUUUUUUUUUAUUUUAUUGAGGUUUAUAUGCCACCUGAAAGCUGAAUAAAUAGGCUUGCCAUUGAUGUAUGGAAAUACAUAUUGGACAAUAUUUAGUCGAGAUACAACUAUUUAAAAUUCUGGAAUGUGAAGGUACAAAAAAUCCAAAUAUUGAAAAAAAUCGCCUUUAAAAUUGACCAAAUGAAGUUCUUAACGUGUAUUACUAAUUAAAAAUGAAGUUUUU